GUGGCCUAGGCGGGGCUUGCUUCUGGACGCCACCUCACAGCGUGUGUUGCUUUCCGCUCCUCGGAACAUCCGGGAGAGUUGACUUCCGGCGGCUUGUGGGAGUGCUGAUUCUGUCCUCCUUGCGGGUGCGGAGAUGGUUGUCUUGGUUACGGGUCCUAACGGUCCCCUGCCUUGAAAUCCCUUGUUGAGGGCCUGCAACCUUGUGCUUCCGACUGGAGACGCCUUUGGUCCCUCGGUGUCUGCACUGGCUGCUGGCCAAGCCUUCAGUGUGGAGUAAUUGACACUUUCGAGAAUAUUAAAAUCGAAUUAGAGAAGAAAACUGAUCCAUAAUAAUAAAAAUGUCUCGAAAAAUUUCAAAGGAGUCAAAAAAAGUGAACAUCUCUAGUUCUCUGGAAUCUGAAGAUAUUAGUUUAGAAACAACAGUUCCUACGGAUGAUAUUUCCUCAUCAGAAGAGCGAGAGGGUAAAGUCAAAAUCACCAGGCAGCUAAUUGAACGAAAAGAACUACUUCAUAAUAUUCAGUUACUAAAAAUUGAGCUAUCCCAGAAAACUAUGAUGAUCGACAAUUUGAAAGUGGAUUAUCUUACAAAGAUUGAAGAAUUGGAGGAGAAACUUAAUGAUGCACUUCACCAGAAGCAGCUACUAACAUUGAGAUUAGACAACCAAUUGGCUUUUCAACAGAAAGAUGCCAGCAAAUAUCAAGAAUUAAUGAAACAGGAAAUGGAAACCAUUUUGUUGAGACAGAAACAACUAGAAGAGACAAAUCUUCAGCUAAGAGAAAAAGCUGGAGAUGUUCGUCGAAACCUGCGUGACUUUGAGUUGACAGAAGAGCAAUAUAUUAAAUUAAAAGCUUUUCCUGAAGAUCAGCUUUCUAUUCCUGAAUAUGUAUCUGUUCGCUUCUAUGAGCUAGUGAAUCCAUUAAGAAAGGAAAUCUGUGAACUACAAGUGAAAAAGAAUAUCCUAGCAGAAGAAUUAAGUACAAACAAAAACCAACUGAAGCAGCUGACAGAGACAUAUGAGGAAGAUCGAAAAAACUACUCUGAAGUUCAAAUUAGAUGUCAACGUUUGGCCUUAGAAUUAGCAGACACAAAACAGUUAAUUCAGCAAGGUGACUACCGUCAAGAGAACUAUGAUAAAGUCAAGAGUGAACGUGAUGCACUUGAACAGGAAGUAAUUGAGCUUAGGAGAAAACAUGAAAUACUUGAAGCCUCUCACAUAAUUCAAACAAAAGAACGAAGUGAAUUAUCAAAAGAGGUAGUCACCUUAGAGCAAACUGUUACUUUACUGCAAAAGGAUAAAGAAUAUCUUAAUCGCCAAAACAUGGAGCUUAGUGUUCGCUGUGCUCAUGAAGAGGAUCGCCUUGAAAGACUUCAAGCUCAACUGGAAGAAAGCAAAAAGGCUAGAGAAGAGAUGUAUGAAAAAUAUGUAGCAUCCAGAGACCAUUAUAAAACAGAAUAUGAAAAUAAACUACAUGAUGAACUAGAACAAAUCAGAUUGAAAACCAACCAAGAAAUUGAUCAACUUCGAAAUGCCUCUAGGGAAAUGUAUGAACGAGAAAACAGGUCUGGAGGCUGGGAAGUCCAAUAUCUACGUACUGGCAUCUGGCAAGAGCCUUCUCACUACAUUAUCAUAUGGCAUAAGGCAAGAAGAAAUCUCCGAGAAGCAAGGGAUAAUGCUGUGGCUGAAAAGGAACGAGCAGUGAUGGCUGAAAAGGAUGCUUUAGAAAAACACGAUCAGCUCUUAGACAGGUACAGAGAACUACAACUUAGUACAGAAAGCAAAGUAACAGAAUUUCUCCAUCAAAGUAAAUUAAAAUCUUUUGAAAGUGAGCGUGUUCAACUUCUACAAGAGGAAACAGCAAGAAAUCUCACACAGUGUCAAUUGGAAUGUGAAAAGUAUCAGAAAAAAUUGGAGGUUUUAACCAAAGAAUUUUAUAGUCUCCAAGCCUCUUCUGAAAAACGCAUUACUGAACUUCAAGCACAGAACUCAGAGCAUCAAGCAAGGCUAGACAUUUAUGAGAAACUGGAAAAAGAGCUUGAUGAAAUAAUAAUGCAAACUGCAGAAAUUGAAAAUGAAGAUGAGGCUGAAAGGGUUCUUUUUUCCUACGGCUAUGGUGCUAAUGUUCCCACAACAGCCAAAAGACGACUAAAGCAAAGUGUUCACUUGGCAAGAAGAGUGCUUCAAUUAGAAAAACAAAACUCGCUGAUUUUAAAAGAUCUGGAACAUCGAAAGGACCAAGUAACACAGCUUUCACAAGAGCUUGACAGAGCCAAUUCGCUAUUAAACCAGACUCAACAGCCUUACAGGUAUCUCAUUGAAUCAGUGCGUCAGAGAGAUUCUAAGAUUGAUUCACUGACGGAAUCUAUUGCACAACUUGAGAAAGAUGUCAGCAACUUAAAUAAAGAAAAGUCAGCUUUACUACAGACGAAGAAUCAAAUGGCAUUAGAUUUAGAACAACUUCUAAAUCAUCGUGAGGAAUUGGCAGCAAUGAAACAGAUUCUCGUUAAGAUGCAUAGUAAACAUUCUGAGAACAGCUUACUUCUCACUAAAACAGAACCAAAAAAUGUGACAGAAAAUCAGAAAUCAAAGACUUUGAAUGUGCCUAAAGAGCAUGAAGACAAUAUAUUUACACCUAAACCAACACUCUUUAGAACAGUGCGAAGAGAUCUCCCUCCGCGUCUCCACCCUAAUUCCCCCUCUUCCCAGAUUCCACCCGCUCCGCUACUUCCCUCCGCCCCCGGCUCCGCCAGCCCAAUCUGUCAGAGAAGUUGUGUACAAACUGCGCGGCCGCCCUGCGCGCGAAGCUCGUGGCCCGAGAGGGGUGCGGUCGGGCCGACGGAGGCGGGGCCCUGGCUGCCUCUCUCCCUGCUCAUAGGCUGGCCGCUCAGGCCUGGCCGGCCUCGGGGCCUCGGGAUUCGCGGCGGCGCUGCCAAUCAGGCGAGCGGGCCCCGCCCCCCCGGAGUUGGGUGAAAUAGAGGCGAGCGUCAAGUGUCAGUAGUCGCGGGGCAGACAAGAUGUGAAAUGGAGAAGUAUCUGACACCUCAGCUUCCUCCAGUUCCUAUAAUUCCAGAGCAUAAAAAGUAUAGACGAGACAGUGCCUCAGUCGUAGACCAGUUCUUCACUGACACUGAAGGGUUACCUUACAGUAUCAACAUGAACGUCUUCCUCCCUGACAUCACUCACCUGAGAACUGGCCUCUACAAAUCCCAGAGACCGUGCGUAACACACAUCAAGACAGAACCUGUUGCCAUUUUCAGCCACCAGAGUGAAACGACUGCCCCUCCUCCGGCCCCGACCCAGGCCCUCCCUGAGUUCACCAGUAUAUUCAGCUCACACCAGACCGCAGCUCCAGAGGUGAACAAUAUUUUCAUCAAACAAGAACUUCCUACACCAGAUCUUCAUCUUUCUGUCCCUCCCCAGCAGGGCCACCUGUACCAGCUACUGAAUACACCGGAUCUAGAUAUGCCCAGUUCUACAAAUCAGACAGCAGCAAUGGACACUCUUAAUGUUUCUAUGUCAGCUGCCAUGGCAGGCCUUAACACACACACCUCUGCUGUUCCGCAGACUGCAGUGAAACAAUUCCAGGGCAUGCCCCCUUGCACAUACACAAUGCCAAGUCAGUUUCUUCCACAACAGGCCACUUACUUUCCCCCGUCACCACCAAGCUCAGAGCCUGGAAGUCCAGAUAGACAAGCAGAGAUGCUCCAGAAUUUAACCCCACCUCCAUCCUAUGCUGCUACAAUUGCUUCUAAACUGGCAAUUCACAAUCCAAAUUUACCCACCACCCUGCCAGUUAACUCACAAAACAUCCAACCUGUCAGAUACAAUAGAAGGAGUAACCCCGAUUUGGAGAAACGACGCAUCCACUACUGCGAUUACCCUGGUUGCACAAAAGUUUAUACCAAGUCUUCUCAUUUAAAAGCUCACCUGAGGACUCACACUGGUGAAAAGCCAUACAAGUGUACCUGGGAAGGCUGCGACUGGAGGUUCGCGCGAUCGGAUGAGCUGACCCGCCACUACCGGAAGCACACAGGCGCCAAGCCCUUCCAGUGCGGGGUGUGCAACCGCAGCUUCUCGCGCUCUGACCACCUGGCCCUGCAUAUGAAGAGGCACCAGAACUGAGCACUGCCCAUGUGUCCCGUUCCAGGUCCCCUGGGCUCCCUCAAAUGACAGACCUAACUAUUCCUGUGUAAAAACAACAAAAACAAAAAAAAAACAAGAAAACCACAACUAAAACUGGAAAUGUAUAUUUUGUAUAUUUGAGAAAACAGGGAAUACAUUGUAUUAAUACCAAAGUGUUUGGUCAUUUUAAGAAUCUGGAAUGCUUGCUGUAAUGUAUAUGGCUUUACUCAAGCAGAUCUCAUCUCAUGACAGGCAGCCACAUCUCAACAUGGGUAAGGGGUGGGGGUGGAGGGGAGUGUGUGCAGCGUUUUUACCUAGGCACCAUCAUUUAAUGUGACAGUGUUCAGUAAACAAAUCAGUUGGCAGGCACCAGAAGAAGAAUGGAUUGUUAUGUCAAGAUUUUACUUGGCAUUGAGUAGUUUUUUUCAAUAGUAGGUAAUUCCUUAGAGAUACAGUGUACCUGGCAAUUCACAAAUAGCCAUUGAACAAAUGUGUGGGUUUUUAAAAAUUAUAUACAUAUAUGAGUUGCCUAUAUUUGCUAUUCAAAAUUUUGUAAAUAUGCAAAUCAGCUUUAUAGGUUUAUUACAAGUUUUUUAGGAUUCUUUUGGGGAAGAGUCAUAAUUCUUUUGAAAAUAACCAUGAAUACACUUACAGUUAGGAUUUGUGGUAAGGUACCUCUCAACAUUACCAAAAUCAUUUCUUUAGAGGGAAGGAAUAAUCAUUCAAAUGAACUUUAAAAAAGCAAAUUUCAUGCACUGAUUAAAAUAGGAUUAUUUUAAAUACAAAAGGCAUUUUAUAUGAAUUAUAAACUGAAGAGCUUAAAGAUAGUUACAAAAUACAAAAGUUCAACCUCUUACAAUAAGCUAAACGCAAUGUCAUUUUUAAAAAGAAGGACUUAGGAUGUCGUUUUCACAUAUGACAAUGUUGCAUUUAUGAUGCAGUUUCAAGUACCGAAACGUUGAAUUGAUGAUGCAGUUUUCAUAUAUCGAGAUGUUCGCUCAUGCAGUACUGUUGGUUAAAUGACAAUUUAUGUGGAUUUUGCAUGUAAUACACAGUGAGACACAGUAAUUUUAUCUAAAUUACAGUGCAGUUUAGUUAAUCUAUUAAUACUGACUCAGUGUCUGCCUUUAAAUAUAAAUGAUAUGUUGAAAACUUAAGGAAGCAAAUGCUACAUAUAUGCAAUAUAAAAUAGUAAUGUGAUGCUGAUGCUGUUAACCAAAGGGCAGAAUAAAUAAGCAAAAUGCCAAAA